AUGGCGAUCGCCGUCGACCAGGAGGACGAGGUGGAUACGGACCCGAUUCUGGAGAUCGACGUGGACCUGGAGGACCGGGAGGACGAGGCGGAUACGGACCCGAUUCCGGAGAACGACACGGUCCUGGAGGUCGCGAUGGCCGCGGACGCGAAGAUGACCGUCGGGGCGGACACGGCCGCUUUGGCCCCGAUUCUGACGAACGACGUGGCGGACCUGGAGGUCGUGGUGGAAGGUUCGGCCCGGAUUCUGAUGAAGGACGCGGACGUGGUGGACACGGACGCUACGGACCUGAUGAUGAUGAUCGUCGAGGACGCGGAGGACACCACGGUGGAUCUGAUGAGCGACAGGGAGGCCGAGGUGGCGAUCGUCGUUACAACGACGAGCCGAUGGGACGACGUGGUGGACGUGGAGGUGAUUCCGAGGAUUCGGAAGAGCGAGGACACGGACGCGGAGGAGAUGACCGACGAGAUGGAGGCGGUCGAUUCGGGCCAGAUUCGCGGGAACGACGGGGUGGGCGGUCUGAUGAAAGGCAGGGAGGACGCGGUGGGAGCCCGUGGGAUCAGGAUCGUCAAUUUGACGACAGACGUCGUGGACGUGCUUUUGCACGGAACGAACUGCGUCAGCACUGGCAAAGACUGUUUGUGCUGCUGUGGAGGGUAUAUCCCCGAUGCAGCCUCGGGUAACUGCACCGAUAUUCGCCGUCGCAUCCCUGGAAUUGAUGGCCUCAUGGACUUUGCGCUUCAAUCCACAACGGUAUCCAGCCUCGACGACGACUCAACCACCCAGGAUUCCAUGUAU